UCCAUCCAUCCAUCCAUCCAUCCAUCCAUCCAUCCAUCCAUCCAUCCAUCCAUCCAUCCAUCCAUCCAUCCAUCCAUCCAUCCAGAUGAGUGAGCAGCCUCCUCCCUAUCGUCCUUUCUUCCCUGAAGGACCUCCUCUUUCUCCAGGUUUCUGCUCACCGCCCACCGCCUAUCCCGGCUCCACCUACCAGACCUUUCCUCAGAGCUUCCCUGCAUCAGAUCACACCAUCUACCAACCAGGACACGUCGGACCACCGGGGGUCUCAGUGAUACCACCUGGUUACUACGGAGAUCACCGUGGAAACCAGCAUCAUCCCUCCCACCCUCCUAAGCCCUCAGUGAUGGUGGUUGACCAGCGACCCGAUCAGCCGCAGGGCUCUUUCGGCUCCUACCUAGCGGCCUGCUCUGCUGCUCUGUGCUGCUGCUGCCUGUGGGACCUGCUGCAUCGCUAAAAUUCUCUUCAUGGCCGUCCUCCUCCUCAGCAGCUGGAGACGGACCGGACCACUGGGCGUGUUCUGAUGAGACCAGAAUUAUGUUCCAGCAAAUUCUGCCAUGUUUGGGUUUCAGAUGAAAAACUCUGCUUUCUGAUUAGAUGAUGAACAGAUUUGGAUGUUGAUGAGAGCAGCUGAGCUUGUUCUAACCUCUCAGUUGAAAUAAGUCCAUUAAAGAUCUGACCUCUAGAACUUCCCAUCAACUGCUGGUUCCUGGUCGCUUAAUGAUCUUUUGGUCAAAGAUGAUCCAUAAAUAAAG